AUGGUAACAAAUUAUUCAAUACAGUCGAGUACAGAAAAAUUAAAAUUGCUCGAUCAUUAUGAGAAAACCUCGGAAAAAAGAAAACCGAAAAAGAAAUCCCGCAGGAAACAAAAUAUUCUAGUAAACGAGCAAACAAUAUCAAAGUAUAAGAAAGAUGUCGGAGAUAAUAAUUGUAAGGAUGAGAAAGUCAAAGAAACGAAGAUGGAACGUUCUCGAUUGAAAUGGGAAAUGGCUGUGAAUUUAAAUUCGACCAUCAAAGACAACAACGGUAACAAUAAAAGUUCAUUUCUACCCAUUAAAGCUGAUUCUUUAAAAUUGUUUACGAGCAAUACACCGGCAAAGAAAGAACGAAGGCAACAAAAAUUAGAAACGCGAAUAAAAUCGCAUCAUCAAAACGUAGCAACGACCGAAAGAAUAAUUGCUAGAAACAAAAUAACUAAAAUUCGUACGAUACAACAAUUGAAAUCAUUCGCGAUACCUGUGUCCGAUAGUUCCAAUUCGGAGGAAUGUUUGAACAAUAUGAAUAAAUUGAAGAAUGAAAAGGGGAAGCAGAAAAAAAAGAAACAAUUAAAAAAGACAAAAAUAAUACCUAAUUCCAUAAAUAUUAGAACUGGUAAUAAAAAGCGUGCUAAUAGCGUUAAAAUAGUGAAGAAAUUUAUUUCGUAGAACGAUAUCACUUUUCAUUAACGUGCACUGAUUACUAUGCUCAAAAUGUUCCGUUGAUUACACAAUAACGCGAUACACUACAUAUGUAUAU